AUGGAUUUGAUCAUCGAUGGCUGGUUUCACGAACGUGGCGUCUUGUGGCCUGGCCAAGCCAUGUCUCUAAAAGUAAAGAAAGUCUUGGAUCACCACCGUUCCGACUUUCAAGACAUUUUGGUCUUUGAAUCUGAGAGCCAUGGCAAUGUUUUGGUGUUGGAUGGUGUCAUUCAAGUCACGGAACGAGACGAACAUGCCUAUCAAGAAAUGAUUGCCCACCUUCCGCUCUACGCGCAUCCAAAUCCCAAAAAAGUUCUUGUGAUUGGUGGUGGAGAUGGUGGAGUCCUUCGUGAAGUUGCCAAACACCCUGGUGUGGAAGAGAUUAUUGAAUGUGAAAUUGAUGAAGGUGUCAUUAAUGUUUCCAAAAAGUACUUGCCUUCUCUCGCCAAGGGUUACGAUGACCCUCGAGUUUCGGUCAAGAUUAUGGAUGGUGCCAAAUUCAUGGACGAAAACCAAGAUUCCUUUGAUGUCAUUAUCACGGACUCUUCUGAUCCCGUCGGGCCUGCCAGUGUAUUGUUUGAAACACCCUUUUACAAUGCCAUGUACAAGAGUCUACGAGAAGGAGGCAUUGUCUGUACACAAGGAGAGUGCAUGUGGUUGCACUUGGACCUCAUUCGACCACUCAUUGAUUCCAUUGGCAAGACUUAUUCGACGGUGGAAUAUGCGUACACAACUAUCCCCACAUAUCCCUCGGGACAAAUUGGAUUCAUCAUUGCCACCAAGGGUCGGGGAGAAUGCAAGAAACCAGAACGACAACCAAGUGAGGAAGUUCAAGAUGGUUUCCAAUAUUACUCUACUGAAUUGCACGAGGCUUCUUUUGUCCUUCCGGCAUUUGCCAGAAGAUCCAUCUUUGGAAAGAAGUAG